UUUACUGUAUGGUUGAUUUUUUUUUUCCUCCCUCCUCUAAAUGCUUCCCUGGACUGAUGAAUCAUUUCUCAUCUGGUUCCACUAUUCAGAGGACAGAGAUGGAAAAUAUAGUCUUAUGCAGCAGGGAUGCAUUUUUUUUAGCUUUUUGCAGUGUGAAUCAUAAAAAUCCUUUUAAAUCUGUCUGCUAGGAACAGCCUACAGGUUUUAAAAUGAAGUGCACUGCAUACAAGGAAUGGUGCUGUCCUCAGGUAAAGCAGAAAAGCAGUGUGCAUCGUGAUGGAGCAUGCCUGUAAGGGAACAUCUCCCAUUCACAGAUCAUGUCAAAAGGCUCACACUUGAUUCGCUGAGAUUUUGGACCUCUUGCCCUCACCGGGAUUCCUCUUGUCAAGCAAAUGUUCGUGUUCGGAGAGGAAUGGUGUUAAUCCCAAGUGCUGUCACCUUUGGCAAGUAAGAAAAUGUAGUGGGACGGAAGCAAGGACGCGAAGCCUCGAGUGGUGGAACGGAGGGGUCUCUGCUUGGCGUUUCCCCUUCCCCGUCACGCUGUCUCACAAUGUCAAAGAAGGGUGCCAGCAUCCGAGCUAAGGGAGAAAAGCCCGAUGCCUUAGCUGCCUUGCAAGCUGCCAAUGAAGAGCUCAGGGCAAAACUCACAGACAUUCAAAUAGAGCUCCAACAAGAAAAGAGUAAGGUCAGCAAGUUGGAAAGAGAGAAAAACCAGGAAGUUAAGCAGAUCAAAGAGCACGAACAGCAUAAAAGUACAGUAGUGGUAACAGAGCUCAAAGUCAAACUUCAUGAAGAAAAAAUGAAGGAGCUCCAGGCUGUUCGAGAAGCACUUCUGAGACAGCACGAAGCUGAACUACUUAGAGUAAUAAAAAUUAAAGAUAAUGAAAUCCAGAGACUACAGUCCCUUCUGAAUGCGGUGAGAGAUGGGGCUCCUGACAAAGUUAAAACAGUGCUUCUCUCAGAGGCAAAAGAGGAGGCCAAGAAAGGAUUUGAAGUUGAGAAAAUAAAAAUGCAGCAAGAAAUUUCAGAGCUUAAGGGGGCUAAGAAACAAGUGGAAGAAGCUUUAACUAUGGUAAUCCAAGCUGACAAAAUUAAAGCAGCAGAGAUAAGGAGUGUGUAUCACCUGCAUCAAGAGGAAAUCAGCAGAAUUAAGAGGGAGUGUGAAAGAGAAAUUCGUAGACUGAUGGAGGAGAUUAAAUUUAAAGACAGAGCAGUCUACGUGCUGGAAAGAGAGUUAGGGGUUCAAGCCGGGCAUGCUCAGAGACUGCAGCUCCAAAAGGAGGCUUUAGAUGAACAACUUUCCCAGAUCAAAGAGUCUGACCGGCAUCUGAGCAGCCCCAAGCGGGAACUUCCUUAUGCAAGUGGUGCAGGAGACGCUUCAGAUCAUUCGGGAAGCCCCGAACAGCAGUUGGAUGAAAAAGAUGCCCGGCGCUUCCAACUUAAAAUUGCUGAGCUGAGUGCAAUCAUCAGGAAACUGGAAGAUCGGAACGCGCUGCUGUCGGAGGAGAGGAAUGAGCUUUUAAAACGUCUCAGAGAAGCUGAAAGUCAGUAUAAGCCCCUCUUGGACAAAAAUAAACGUCUCAGCAGGAAGAAUGAAGAUUUGUCACACGCCUUACGUCGAAUGGAAAAUAAAUUAAAAUUUGUAACGCAAGAAAAUAUAGCAAUGAGGCAAAGAGCUGGAACAAUAAGGAGACCAAGCUCUUUAAAUGACCUUGACCACAGCCAUGAAGAAAGAGAAGUUGAAUCCCUGAGACUACAAGUUAUUGAACAGCAAAAUAUCAUUGAUGAGCUCUUCAAGACCCUGGAAACAGCUGGCUAUGUGAAGAGCCGCCUGGAGCGUGAUAAGCUGUUAAGAUACAGGAAACAAAGAAGAAAAAUGACAACACUGGCUUCGAAUCCGGUUGUGGAGACAUUUUUCGGCUAUGACGAAGAAGCUUCCUUGGAGUCUGAUGGUUCUUCUAUCUCAUAUCAGACCGACCGAACAGAUCAGACGCCUUGCACUCCUGAGGAUGACUUGGAAGAGGGUAUGGCCAAGGAGGAAACAGAGCUGAGAUUUCGGCAGCUGACGAUGGAAUACCAGGCUUUGCAACGAGCGUACGCUCUCUUGCAAGAACAGGUCGGAGGAACAUUGGAUGCAGAACGAGAAGUUAAGACACGUGAGCAGCUCCAAGCAGAAAUACAUAGAUCCCAGGCUCAGAUAGAAGACCUAGAAAAGGCUCUUGCUGAGCAGGGUCAGGACAUGAAGUGGAUUGAGGAGAAGCAAGCGUUGUAUAGAAGAAAUCAAGAGCUUGUAGAAAAGAUAAAACAAAUGGAAGCCGAGGAAGCUCGUUUAAAACAUGAUGUCCAGGAUGUCAAAGACCAAAACGAGCUCCUGGAGUUCAGGAUAUUAGAGCUUGAAGAGAGAGAAAGAAGAUCACCUGCUAUCAACUUUCAUCACAUUCCUUUUACGGAGGGGAAAAGCCCUCUCCAAGUUUACUGUGAGGCAGAAGGUGUUACAGAUAUACAAGUAGCAGAGCUGAUGAAAAAAUUGGACAUUUUAGGGGAUAACGCCAAUCUGACCAAUGAAGAGCAAGUAGUUGUCAUACAAGCAAGGACAGUUCUCACAUUGGCUGAAAAGUGGCUACAGCAGAUAGAAGUGACCGAAUCUGCACUGCAACAGAAGAUGAUAGAUCUUGAGAAUGAAAAGGAGCUAUUUAGUAAGCAGAAGGGUUACCUGGAUGAUGAACUUGACUUCAGGAAACAGUCCUUGGAUCAAGCUCACAAGCAAAUUCUGGAAUUAGAAGCCAUGCUCUAUGAUGCCCUGCAGCAAGAAGCUGGAGCCAAAAUUUCCGAACUUCUUUCAGAAGAGGAGAAAGACAAACUCAAGAGCGCAGUAGAGCAGUGGAAACGUCAGGUUAUGAGUGAACUCCGAGAAAGGGAUGCCCAAAUACUGCGCGAAAGAAUGGAGCUCAUUCAGCAUGCACAACAGAGAAUUAAAGAGCUAGAAGAAAGAAUUGAAGGACAAAAAAGACAAAUAAAAGAGUUAGAAGAAAAGUUUUUAUUUUUGUUUUUAUUUUUCUCUUUAGCUUUCAUUCUUUGGUCAUAGUUCAUCAGGCUACCUGCAAAAGCCUAUUGAGGAAGCUAGAAAUGCUUGUACUGUUAUUGACAGGAAGACAGCAUUGGUUACCAAGAUAGAAAAAGAGACAUUACAGUUUCAAAAAACC